UUGAUUUUAUUUUUAUUAACGGGCAAAACACAAGCAAUGGUUUAGAGCAUGUGGUAUAAUACAACAUAAGUGGCGCAGCAGGCAAGCGUCGCAGGUUGGCUGUGUGCCCGCUCAGCCGCCAGUCCCCGGAGCGCCGGCCCGAUCGCCGCUUGCGCCGCGCCCAUACGCACCCCAUACGCACUCAUCUUCUGCGCACCCCAAAUUCCGUUUUACUGUCUGCCACUUCUUCUAUAGUUAGGUAUACACCUUACGGAAUUCCAUGAUCCGGUUGUAAAAUAUAUAGGUACUGAUACUUAUCAACUAGUUUCAGUAUUUACGCGCCUAGAAAGUCAGAGAAAUAGUAGCCGGUUCACAGGAGCCGAUUUAGGUCGCCCGGUUCAGUGCUAGCAGCGGGAUAUUUUUAUUGCCACUGUUGGGUGCAGACGUACGAGCGCCUCGAGCACGUUGUUAAAUCAAUUAUUAUUUAUAGAGUAGAAUCGUAAAGCUCAUUCCAUAAACAUUUACAUUAUGUGUUGUCGACUGUAGCUUUGUAUCUGUAGGAUAGAUAAGGCCAGAAUCGCUGCGAAAAACUGUAUCGCGUAAGACUAUUACGAAUGUGAUUGUUAAUUUGGACAUAAAAUAGUAGUGGCAUUUAGUUGAAACCCAAGUCAUUUGUGAAGUGCAUUUCUGUGAUUUGUGUGGUGUGUUGGGAAUAUGCAUCACUUGUACCCGUUAGCGAAAGGGGACCCACUGUGUCCGCUAGGCUUCCACCCGCAGGUGCGGUGGCCGACGCGAUGCAAGCGCUGCUUUCGCGACUACAAAGAGCACGGUGGCGGCCGCAAGAAAGAGGAUGAUUUCACAGCUUCUACACCCAGUCUUUCCUCUUGGAACUCACCAGUAUCACGGAGUCGAGAUGGAGAAAAUGGUGCAGAAGUGGAGAAGUCCGGUCGCGGUUGGGCUUCUAGCACAAAUCUCAGCUCUGUCGAACCUCCCAAAAAAGACUUCUCCACAGGGUUCAGUAGAAUCAGUGCAUCGUGGACGUCAACGCCAGACCUGGGGGCCAAUGACGCAGAAUCCACGACUGCAGUCACUGUCAGCCUCAAACUACCCAAGCGGAAGCUUACUGGACCCCUAAUCUCACUAGACACGGGGCAAAGUAAUACCGACACAGUGACACUGCGGCGGCCGUCACCAUCACCACCUCCAGCUCCUGCCGUGGUCAUCACAAAGAAUGACUCACUCGCAGAACGUGUUCGCAAGAUGCAACUAAUAAAAAAUCAAAACAGCUUCGAAAAAGAAUCUAGUAUGGAGAAAGAAAGAGAAAGAAGAAGUUUGUCCAGAAGUAAAGAAGAAGAGAAGCCAGUACGAUCUAAAGAAGACAGAUUUGCUACAAAAGAUGAUGUAAAUUUUUUAAUGCAGGUGAAAAGCUCACGAAAUUCAUCGUCAAAUACAAAACCACCUAUACGAGGCGGACCGUCGCGUGAAAAGGAAGAUUCAGAUGACGAUGCUAGUACAUCUGGGACGGUCACCACGGAGACCACUCUAGUAGAUGCCAAUGUUAAGGAAUAUCAGGAGCAAAUUGAAAGCCUAAGACAAGAAGUUGACACACUCAAGAAGCGUUGCGAGCGGGUGGAAAAAGAGAAAAGCGAUAUUUUGCUCCGGCGGCUAGCGAACAUCGACACGGCCAAUAAGUACACGACGGGGCGGUCUUCCGAGGUACUGAAGUUACAGCAGAAGGUUAACGAACUUACGGCGCAGAAUGAAGAUUUGAAGGAUGAGAAGAAGCACCUUUCGUUAAGAGUGAAAGAAAUCGAGUCUGAACUGGAGUCUCGACCAUCAGCUGAAGUACAAACACGUCAAGUAGAACAAUUAAGGGCAAAGUUGCUUGCAGCUGAAACCCUAUGCGAAGAGUUGAUGGACGAGAAUGAAGAUAUGAAAAAAGAACUGCGUGACCUCGAAGAGGAAAUAGAGGAAAUGCAAGACAAUUUUAGGGAGGACCAAGCCGAUGAAUACUCCUCAUUACGAAGAGAAUUAGAGCAAACAAUAAAAAAUUGUAGAGUAUUAUCGUUUAAGUUAAAAAAGACUGAGAGGAAAGCUGAUCAGCUGGAACAAGAUAAGGCUGACCAGGAGAAAAAGCUUUUAGAAAUAGUGGGUGGACAGGAGGGUCUGCAACGAGAAAAUCGCAUAAAAGAAUUGGAACAGGAGGUUGCACGGUCAACGGAGGUGGCAUUACGGCUGCAGCGUGAGCUAGCAGAUGCGACCACUAAACUUGCAGCGGCCUCAGGCGCGCCACCCGCCAACCUCAAAAAACAACCGACAAUUGACGGGAAAGUAUCGCGGUCAUCCCUUACACGCGGAGGCAGUCAAGAAGAUCCGGCACAGUUACUACGCGAUCUACAGGACUCGUUAGAACGCGAAGCUGACCUACGAGAACAGUUGCGAAAUGCUGAAGAGGAGGCUAGCCGAUAUCGGCAACGCUUCGGAGGCAGAAGACUACCUCCAUCGACGAAAAUUUCACAGCCAUCCCAUCCCAAUCUAAUUCCAUCUCAGAAUACUGCUGUAAACGAUACCGAAAAUAUUGACUCAAAUUCAAUGCGUCGUAUUCUUGAAAUGCAAAGAGCUUUGGAAAAUAGUUUAUCUUCUUUCGAAAUUAGUAGGCUGUCUAUCGGUAUUAACCAAGUAACUCAAUCGCCACAUGACCAUAUCAAGAGUUACUCUCAAGCCUGUCAAACUGAUUUAAUAGUAACGUACGACGAAGCCACGGAUACUAGGAAAAUUACUUUAGAAUCUACUGUACAAUGCGAAAAUGAGAUGUUAGAUACGUAUGUGCAAACGGAUAUAAUUUAUAUGAAAAAUAAAAACAUGCAAACCGAUUUUCUUCAGAUCAACAAUUUUACGCAAACAGGAAGACAAAAUCUUCGUGAUGCUAUUAUACAAACUACUAAAGACAGUAAAAGCUUCGUCAGUACUAGUACUGAAACGGAAAUAAAAAUAAUGUGUAAUCAGGAAACUUUUACGGAUUUAGAUACAACUAAUUUAAAUCAGUUACUUCCACUAAGUAGUGACAAUAAAAUAAUUUGUGAUAUAUCAAAUGAAAGUAACGAGGAUUUAAAAGAUAAAUCUGAUAGCCCACCUCUGUCUCCUGAUAAAAUUGCAGCAGGUCCAUCAAAUCAUUUCUCUUAUCCUUUUGUAUCAUUAUUUAGUCCUUUGGCUGUAAGAUUACCAACUAUAGCCCGUAAGUUAUCUCCGACACCUCCAACGAAUAGACUUGCAAUUGAAGCACCUAAUGAAAAGGAUGAAGGGAUCUCAGACGAAGAAGACCCAGCAGAAUUGCGGCUACUUCUUGAACUUAACGAACAAGAAGCAGCGGUUCUUCGCAGAAAGGCAGAAGAAUUAGAACAAGAUAGAGAGUCAUUAAAGAAGCAAGUAAAAGAACUUACAGAUAAAGUUGCUAAUACCACAAGCAAAACUUCAAAUACAACUGUAAAUCUUAGACGUAAUACUAGUAAAAGUAAUAAUUUAGCAGAAGAAAAAGUGAAGGUAUUAGAGGACGAAAUAGCAGAACUACGGAAAAAACUAAUCGAGAAAGAACGUGACUGCGAACGUUUACAUGCAGAGCUUAGUCUUGCACAAAAGAAACCUAAAGCUUCACUAAUUAAAAGCAAGUCUCUUGAUAGUACAAGUGAACAACAAAAUGUAGAUCUUAAACGACAACUACAAGUAAUAGAGCAAGAAGCAUGUGUUUUGAGAAGUAAAACGCAAAGUUUAGAGGCUGAUAAUGAAAAACUACAAGCUGAAAAUAAAAAAUUACAGCUGCUCAAAGGUACUAAAACAUUGAAAUCAGACAAAUCAUUAGAACUAAAUGCAAAUAAGAUUAGUCGACUCGAAAAUGAAUUAAAAGAAGCAACAGAAAAAAUUAAGGAGUUAGAAAGCAAAGAAAAAGCUGAAAAGAAAGUUAGAUUCGGCAGUGAAAUUAAUAAAAAAGAUGCAGAUGCUCUGAAAAUUAAACAGGAUGAAUAUGAUAAGUUAAAACUGAAUUACAAUAAGAUAGAAAAAGAAAAUACUAAAUUACAAGCUACGAUGAAAUCCUUGAAAGAUGACGCAAUAAAAACUUUCAAACCGAGAACUCCUAAAAAGUUAACGGACAUGACAACUAAAUUGCAAAUGAAAAAGAUGGUUGAGGAGCUCGAAAACGAAAUAGGUGAAAUGUACGUGGUAAUGAAAAAUGCAGGGCUUUCGUCUAACAAUAUUAACGCUAAAGCUCAACUUGAAAAAGACAUUGAAGAUUUAAGGUCGAAGUUGAUGAAAAAUGAAUCUGAAUUUAUUAAUGAAAAAAAUCGCCUACAGACUGAAAUAGGUAAAUUAAAAGAUCUUAAUACAAAGUUAGAAGUAGAGAAGGUGGAUUUAAAUGAAAAAUAUAAAACUAUACAAACAAAGCACGACAAUACAGCCAGUGAAACAAAAUCCCUCAAAGAAAGUAACAAAAAUUUGGAGUCAAAAAUAUCUAAGUUAAAUUUGGAUUUGAAAAAUGCUUCGUCACAACAAACAGUGAUAAGUGAUAAUUUAAAGAAAAUUGAGGAUCUUAAAAAAGAAAUGGACUUAAAAGAUAAGGAAAUUGAAAAACUGAAGAAACAAUCUGAAAAUAUUACUAAAUUAGAGCAGGAUAAAAGCAAAUUGCUGAAAGAGAUUGGAGAUAAAACUAAAAAGAUAGUUGAUUUAGAAAAGAAAUUAAAGGACACUGACGAUAAAUAUAAGCGCACCGAAAAACAACUCAGUCUACGAAAAGAUCAUGUGGUAAAAUUAGAAAAAGAACUCUCUGAAGAAAAAGAACAAGCUGUAGCGCUAUCCAAUUCAAACAGACGUUUAUCAGUAGAAUUCAUUAGUGAAAAAGACGAUUUACAAACAAAACUUUUUAAAUCUGAAAGCAGACUUAUUGCUUUGGAAGCUGAUGUAAAACUUACGAAGACCGAAUAUGAAAAUAAAUUAACACAUUUGGAAUCUACCAUAGCAGCAAAAGAUAUUCAUAUAAAGCAACUGGAAGAUGCUUUACGAGAAACCUCGAAUCAAAAGUAUGAUGAAGCUAUAUCCUCGGUUGAAAUGGCACAAAUGCAAGAAAAAUUAGAAAAGAUAACAAAAGAUCUUCAGGACAGAGAUGAAGCUUUAGCAAGUGCCAAAGGUGACUUAAGUAAGACCGAAAAAGAUCUUUCUACGCUACAAUCCGAAGCAACACAACUGAAAUCUAACGUUUCUAAAUUAGAAAACGAAAAAAAAGAAUGUGAAAAUAAGUUGCAAUCAGAAAAGAAAGAAUCCAGUUACUGGGAAAGUAAGGCAUCAGAACUAGAGACUGACCUGCAGGCGGACCGUAAAAAAUUGGAAAGAAUACGUGUUGCUCAUGAUAAAGACAUUAAGAACAAGGAAGCAGAACUAGCGACAUUGAAGGGUAAACUAAAAAUCUUAGAACAAUCUUCUGGUGCAGGCGCCAAAAGAAUAGCUGAUCUCAAACAAGAGUACGAAGAAUCACUUAAAAAACUAGAACAUUCGUUAGCGAUGGAAAAAGCAGAGUAUGAAGAAUUAACUGGUAAAUACGAAAUACUUGAAGAAGAACAUGUAGUAACUAAAGCCCGACUAACUGUGGAAAAAGAACAAGCUCAAGGUGAACUGUUACAUGUUCAAAAAGAGCUAAAUGCAGCAUUAUCCAACAUUAAAACUGUUCAGGAUAAUUAUGAAACACAGUCUACAGCAUGGCAGAAAGAAAAAUCUAAUAUGCAGAGUGAAAUAUCGUCACUACAAGAUCGGUUAUGUGGCGGUGGAUGGGAAGUGGAACGGGCAAGGUUAAACACACGUUUAGAACAACGGGAACAAGAAUUACGGACAGCAACUGAUAAACUCGAUGUACUCACACACCAUCAUGAUCUCCUCAAAAAGGAGUUAGAUGAAGUUCGAAAGAAAUCAGAAGAUUAUGAGAAAGUGGCAAAAGUUCAUAGGAGCUUAACGGCAGAUAAUGCUGAACUGGAGCGAGAGUUAACAGCUCUGAAUACAAGACUGGAACAAGCAGAUAAAGCAAGAAAGACCGAGCUUACAGAAACAAAGACAAGAUACGAGGACCAAAUGAAUACUAUGCGAGACGAGCUAAAAUCGUUACAUAAUCAAGUAUCAAGGUUCAAGCGAGAAAGAGAUAAUUAUAAACAGAUGUUAGAUGCGGCACAGAAAACAAUGGCAGAAAUUAAAAACAGCGGUAACGCAAGAACUCAAAGAGCAUCUAUAUCCAGUACGGAUGAGGAAGAAUACCGCAGCAAAGUGGCUACUUUAGAGCAACAAGUGGCAUGCCUUGAAGACGAAUUAUGUGAAGCGCGAAUGCUGUCUUCCAAACUUAAUACUGAGCUCGUGAGUGAAAAAUCUUCUGCGGAAGUGCGUCUAGCGGAGAUGCAAUCGAGAUUAAAUGAGUACGAAGAAGAGCGAUUGUUAUCAUCCGGUAGAGCGCGAGUGGCUGGUUUGGCGACCCGAAUGGAGCUCGCGUGGCACAAAGAACGAGAUGAACAACAACGUCUACUUCAAGAGACUUCCACACUUGCCAGAGAUUUGAGACAGACUCUUUUCGAGGUGGAGCGUGAACGUGAUAAGGAGAGAUUAGACAUGAAGAGAAGAAUAGAUCAAUUGAAGAGGACCACCGAAGAAGAAACUGAAGAAGCUAAGAAAAAGGUGACAGAGUUGCAGUGUGACCUGCUGGAGUUACGGGACGCGCACGCGAAGCUACGCACGGCCAAUGAAAAAUUACGGCGUGAUAAGGAGCGCCACGAUCGCGAUCGUGACCAGAACAAGCUGCUCGUCACCUCCCUCAAGCGCGCCCAACAGGAUGAUGAUAGAAUAAUAACACAGCUACUGGAGACAAUAGAGGAUUUAAUGAAGCAAAGUCCAGACCUGUUCCGUACCGAAUCCGGUAUAAAACCUGAAAAGUCUCUCAUGACACCCACACCACCGAGGCGAAACAGAUCAUCAAAGUCCCGAUCUCGGUCAGCGACGCCGGAGAGCGCAGAAGCCAACAGCGCAGUUGAAGCAGCGGCGACUGCAGCACGCUUGCGGCGCCUCACCGACGAGCUACGAGCUUCCCGCAUUGCCGAACGUCAACGCAGGCAACAAGCCAGUGCCAGACGUGCUAUGUCGACAGAGCCACGUGACACACUGUCUGUGACGCCAGCGUCGCGUACGCCUUCGCGAGCUCCCUCGCUCAAGAAGCGUUCCAUUUCACUCGAACAAACUACGAAGGAACAGAGCUUAAUUUGGAAAUCCGUAGAUGAGAGCAGUGUCUCAUCAAUGCAAUCUUUAGAUGGCGAUGAUGGUCGUUUAUUUACAAUGCAACGUGAUACCAGUCUCGAUAGUCGUUUGUCCGGUGGAUCAGCACAGAGCGAUGUCCUACCAGGAGACAAAAAGAAAAAGAAGAGUCUUUUCGGCAAAUUAAAGAAACUUACCAAAUCGCGAUCUAUAGACGACCAAGUGGAUCAUCCAGAGAUCGUUGACUUUAGACCUAUUGGCACCGUUUCCCAGGGUUCAGACUCUGAUAUGAGCGCAGCGGGCAGCAAACGAGACUUGCGCGGACGACUUUCCGAUAUGUUUAGCAGAAAGGGGCAGCUGUCACGGGGGAACAGCAAAGAGCUGAGCCCAGAGCGUCCGGUGAGCGCGAUGUCGACAUCAACGACGAGACCCAUGUCACGCAACGCGAGCGCGGCCACACUAGCGCGAGCCUCACCUGCUAAACCUCUCAAACCGACCGACGCCCCAAGUUCGAGAGCAUCAAGCGCCACGCCCGCGGCCAAGAGGAAAGGAAAAUAACUGAUACUAUUCUUGUUUCACUUUACUAGUGUAUUUAUCCAUUCUUUUGCAAUUUUCCAUAUAGCAUAUCACAAUACAUACAUUACGAUAAUUAUGUAUAACUAUCAACAGAUCUCUCGAAUUUUGGUUGCCGAGAGUAUGAGCGUUUGCCAUUCUUUUCUAAUUUGAACACAUACAUUGGGAAAAAGAAUGAGUAGUUAAUCAUUAUGAGUAUUAUCUAUAUUUCUUCAGAAUACUUUAAUUCUAUUAAUACAGAUCAUAAAUUUAUGGUGAACUCGGCAGCGAAAA